AUGGAAUUUUUAAAACAUUACGAAGAUGAUGAAGAUCAAGAUGAUGAAAAUAACACUAAAGAUGAAAAUGUAAAUAAAAUAAAUAAAAGACAACAUUUUGAAAUUGAAAAUGUUAUUGAUGAAAUUCCAGAUUUACCAUUAUCUUUUUUUGAAAACUUCAAGAAAAUCAAACAUUAUUCAUCUGAAAUUAUUGAUGAAACAAAUAAAAAAACAAGAUUAUUUGAACAUGUUGAAGGUAAUUACCCAACAUUCAUUUAUUUUAAAGUUCCAACUAAAAGUAGAAAUGAUAUAAAAGAAUUAAUUGAACAAGUUAAAGAGAUUGGUAAUGAAAUUAAUAUUAAACAAGAUACUGAAACUUGUUUUCACAUUUCAAUUUCUAGAACAUUUCCAAUAAGAGAACAUCAUAUUGAAACAUUUACACAAGAACUAAAGAAAACAUUAAAGAAUCAAAGAUCAAUUGAUAUUCAACUAUCAAAAGAAUGUUGUGUAUUUAUAAAUGAUAAUCAAUCUAGAAUAUUUCUAUCAAUACCAAUUAACCAAUCUUUUAAAUCAAACAUUUUAAAAUUAAUUGAAAGAAUUGAUUCAUGUUUAUCAUUAUUUAAAUUUCCAAAAUAUUAUGAUAACCCUGAACCACAUUUAUCAAUUUCAUGGUCAUUAAUUACUAAUAAUAAUAAUGAAACUAAUGAUGAAAAUAUUAAUUAUAUACCCUUAAAUAAAUUUAAAAAUAAAGAAAUAAUAAGAGAUAAUUUAAAAUUAACAGAUUCAUUUAAAGUUUCAAGAAUAUUUUGGAAUAUUGGUAAAACUGAAUCAUUUAUAGAUUUACAAUAA